UCGACCGCAGAUGCGUGCGGGUGCGACCUGAACUGCACGUCAUUGAUUAACCAGUCGUACGCCGCGUGCGGCAAAACCGUGAACUACGUGAACAUCACCAACGAAAUGCCGAUAGCGUACGCGGUGCCCCUUUACGGCUACGUGAUGCCAUUCCUUCUGGUGAUAACGAUAAUCGCGAAUACUCUGAUUGUGGUCGUGUUGAGCAAGAGACACAUGCGAACUCCCACGAACAUUGUGCUUAUGGCCAUGGCCCUCUGUGAUAUGUUUACUCUUCUAGUACCUUCGCCGUGGCUGAUUUACAUGUACACACUGGGCAACCACUACAAACCGCUGUCACCUAUCGGGGCGUGUUUCGCUUGGACCGUAAUGCACGAGAUUGUGCCCAACAUGUUCCAUACGGCCAGCAUCUGGUUAACGCUGGCUUUAGCAGUCCAACGGUAUAUUUAUGUAUGCCACGCUCCCCAGGCCAGGAAGCUCUGCACGAUGCCCAACGUGUACAAAUGCGUGGGGUACACCUUGCUAGCGUCGGCCAUCCACCAGUCCACCAGACUCUUCGACACCGAAUAUAACUUGACGGAAGUGACAUGGAAGAACCAGACGGUAUCGGUGUGCGUUAAAAACGACGCCAAAUGGGUUACUGACUACGUCACCAUUGAUGUUUACUAUAUAACCUAUUUCAUGUUCCGGACAAUUUUCGUGCACGUGUUGCCCUGCGUGGCCCUAGUAACGUUGAACCUGUUCCUGUUCAGUGCGCUGAAGAAAGCGCAGAAACGCAGGGACAUCUUGCUGUCGUCGAAAAAAAACCAGAGGAACGAGUGCAAAAAGCUGCGCGACUCGAACUGCACCACGCUCAUGCUCAUCGUCGUCGUCAGCGUGUUUCUGAUAGUUGAAAUACCGCUGGCGGUGGUCACGAUGCUCCACAUAAUUUCCAGCACGUUUUUCGAAUUUCUCGACUACACCGUCGCCAAUACGCUUAUCAUUUUUACGAAUUUUUUCAUUAUAUUAAGUUACCCGAUAAACUUCGCCAUCUAUUGCGGGAUGUCGCGUCAAUUUAGGGAAACCUUCAAAGAACUGUUUAUCAAUGGCGAAGUCAGCGCGCGAAACGGUUCUUCCAGGUACUCGAUCGUCAACGGGCCAAGAACUUGCACCAACGAAACGGUUUUGUAAAUGUUCACAUAGCACUAGAACGUCAUAAAGAUGUUUGUAACCUAUCUAAUCGCUUAAUGUUAUAAAACAGUUCCAUAACUGUAAUCAUAACUUUACACAUAAACACAAACGUUCAAUUAAAAUUUUUGAACUAAGCGUAAUUUUAUGGACAAUUUGGCCAACCUUGAAGUUAGCAAUUUUAAAAUUUAUUUCUUGUUGGACAGGACAACGCAAUGAUCAUUCGCCCAUUUUCGACUUCCGUCGAGGAUACAUUUUUCAUUUCUUUGAUAUCGCAAACAAUUAAACUUUGCAUUAGGCUCACGGGAAACUAUUAGAACUUAAAGCAGAUCGAUAACAAUUCUAUUAAUUAUACCAGAUUCUGUAUGGAGCGAACCAUGAAAUGAUGAGUAAAACUUCUAUAACCAUUCCGACGUCCGUCAAGGAAUGAGGUGGUUACAUUGCACCAUUAUGUACUCUGACGGACUUAACAAAGCGUAUCUGUAAAUUGUUUCUAUUUUUUUAUUUACUUUCCACCGGUUCUUUGCAUCUGGGUAGCCAGAGCUAUAGCAAGCCUCUUAGCUUUUCAAAGAAACAAAGAAACCGAUGUACCAGCCUCUUUUUUCUAUUGAUUAUAGUUUAUCAUAUUCAAAACCAGAUAAAGUACGUAAUAUAAAACAGAUAGGUUACGGUGUAAGAAGAGGCAGUUCUACCUUUAGUGUGUGAACUUUAAUACUGGCCAACAGAAGUAAAAAAGAAGAAGAAGAACUUUAAUACUGCAGUACUUUUUUUCAAGUUAUGAUUGCGAUUAUGAAAGUUCUUGAGGAUACAUUUAAAAACUGCUAAAAUAAUUAUAUGCGGUGUGUCUAAAUUAAAACUCCCGUAAAUUUUUCUAGUAUUUAAUGAGCAUAUUAAGACGAUCAAUAAUUUUAAAAUUUUUUCAGCGAAAAUUUAUAUAUUUUAAAUUUUUAAAACAAAAUGGACAGUAUUUUUCAUAAUAUGACUCAAAAUUUAAAAAAAAAUGAAAUUUUUAUUAAAAGCUUAAAAGAUGUCUAAUAAUUGAAAUCUUUUCAUGAAGGCGUUCGAACGUGGUAAGACAUAAAAGGACGACUUUACGACUUUCUGUGCUGUUUGAAAUUAGGGAAACGGGGGGAUAAAUGUCGGCAAACUCCUCCACGUUUUAUGCAGAUGUUAAGUUGUUAGAUGGAGGAAGAAAAAUUGGAAUCACUCGGAAAAAGCUGAGGAAACUAUGAGUCACUCUGUUUCCUGGUACUCGCCUUGAAAAUAUGAAAUCAUGACGCUUAAGAAAACCGACUUCAAUUAUACUUUACGUUUUGUAUUCUGAGUACAGUGGAGUAUUUAGAGUUUUUCCCCUAUUUGUUUGUAAAUAUAACGUUCGUUAAGUGGGGAUAAAAUACAUAUUAAGCAAACUGCUCACUGUUAGAGAAUCACUGUCGAUAGGUCUAUGGUAAUUGUACAAAAUAGAGGACCCUGUAUCUUGUAUAUCUACAUAUAUACAACUAACCUGCAUAAUAAUCUAUAGGGGCAACAUAUUUAUCGUUUUUUAUUGUAGCAGAAAUAAAAGUAUUAAAGUGUAGAACUAGCAAAAAUAGUUUAACAAUUAAAACACAAAUCAAAUAGUUGUUAAAAUAAGCACUCCAGCGAGUGUUUUCAAUUUUCCCAACCAAAUUACUUUGUUAACGGUUAAAAGUUUAUCAAACUAUAACUUCGAUGGAUUAUUUUACUGGUUAGUUUAUAUAGAUGAAAACGAUUCCGAUGACUGUUCUAAAGUCUUUUGUAAUAAUUAAAAUUUUCAUAAGCUAAAUCAAUUUAAUUACUUAUGAACGAACUAUUUGUAUCGUAUUUAUUUUUCCAGCAGGGUAUAUGUUAAAUUAUAUGUAUAUUUUUAUAUACCGCGCGGAACUAGGAAUGUUAUUUACUCGCAACAAAGAGCCCUAAUUUGGGAGUAAAUAGCACUAACAUUUUUUAUUAUAUCAAAUAUUUCGCAGGUAAAUAUUUGAUAUAACCAUCAUCGAACGUGUAUGUACGAUUCUACGUAUGUUGUGAUUAAAAGUGUUUAAUGUUAUUUCUGUAACCAUGGUCUA